GGCGGCACGCUGCGGCCCCAUCUCCUCUUGCUCUGACGCCGCCUGCACUUUCUGCAAACGCGCCGGGGCAGUUGCCCGGGCAAGGGCGCGCGGCACAGUUUCCCCACGCGGUUUCUCUUGCCUCGGAAAUUGAGGGCAGCCGCCGGAGGACACCGAGAGGAAGCGCCGCCGCGAAACGUGUGCGGGAAAGGGGACCCCCCUCGUCUCUCUUUCUCUCCCCUGCGCUUCCAUGCCGUGAGCUGCAUGGUCCGGGGAGGCAGGACCUGAGCGCCCGGAGGAACCACCGGCUGUGCGGAAGAAAAUGUCAGUCAGCAUGCAUGAGAAUCGCAAAUCCAGAGCCAGCACUGGCUCCAUAAAUAUAUAUUUAUUCCACAAAUCUUCAUAUGCUGAUAGUGUCCUUACUCAUCUAAACCUUCUACGCCAGCAGCGUCUUUUUACAGAUGUGCUUCUUCAUGCUGGAAACAAGUCAUUCCCUUGCCACAGAGCUGUCCUAGCAGCUUGCAGUCGGUAUUUUGAAGCAAUGUUCAGUGGAGGGCUCAAAGAAAGCCAAGCCAGUGAAGUCAAUUUCCAUAAUUCCAUCCACCCAGAGGUUCUAGAACUGCUCCUGGACUAUGCUUACUCCUCAAGGGUCAUCAUCAAUGAAGAGAAUGCAGAGUCCCUUUUAGAGGCUGGUGACAUGUUGGAAUUCCAAGACAUCCGGGAUGCCUGUGCAGAAUUCUUGGAGAAGAACCUUCAUCCCACAAAUUGCCUCGGCAUGCUGCUUCUGUCAGAUGCUCACCAGUGUACCAAACUUUAUGAGCUCUCUUGGAGGAUGUGCCUUAGCAACUUCCAGGCGAUUAGCAAAAGUGACGAUUUUCUUCAGCUCCCCAAAGACAUGGUUGUGCAGCUUCUGUCAAGUGAAGAAUUAGAGACCGAAGAUGAACGACUGGUCUAUGAGUCCGCCAUGAACUGGGUUAACUAUGAUCUCAGUAAACGGCACUGUCAUUUGCCUGAUCUGCUGCAGACUGUGAGGCUGGCUCUUUUGCCAGCCAUCUAUCUAAUGGAGAAUGUAGCUACUGAGGAGCUUAUCACCAAGCAGAGGAAAAGUAAAGAGACUGUAGAAGAAGCAAUAAGGUGCAAGUUGAAGAUUUUACAGAAUGAUGGCGUAGUCACCAGCUUGUGUGCAAGACCUCGGAAAACCGGCCAUGCCCUAUUUCUUCUGGGAGGACAGACCUUUAUGUGUGACAAGCUGUACCUGGUGGACCAAAAAGCAAAGGAGAUCAUUCCAAAAGCAGACAUCCCAAGCCCAAGGAAAGAGUUCAGCGCAUGUGCUAUUGGCUGUAAGGUCUACAUCACUGGUGGCCGGGGAUCUGAAAAUGGUGUCUCAAAAGAUGUUUGGGUGUAUGAUACACUUCAUGAAGAGUGGUCCAAGGCAGCUCCCAUGCUGGUGGCUCGAUUUGGUCAUGGUUCUGCUGAACUCAAACACUGUCUAUAUGUUGUGGGAGGGCACACAGCAGCCACUGGCUGUCUUCCAGCAUCUCCUUCAGUAUCCUUAAAACAAGUAGAACAGUACGACCCUGUGACCAACAAAUGGACAAUGGUCGCUCCACUUCGGGAAGGAGUCAGCAAUGCAGCUGUAGUCAGUGCAAAGCUGAAGCUAUUUGCUUUCGGCGGUACUAGUGUCAGCCAUGAUAAGCUACCCAAAGUUCAGUGUUAUGACCUGUGUGAAAACAGGUGGACAGUACCAGCCACUUGCCCCCAGCCAUGGCGAUACACAGCUGCAGCAGUCCUGGGUAACCAGAUUUUUAUUAUGGGUGGAGAUACUGAAUUUUCUGCAUGCUCAGCUUAUAAAUUCAACAGUGAAACUUACCAGUGGACUAAAGUGGGAGAUGUGACAGCUAAGAGAAUGAGCUGCCAUGCAGUAGCAUCUGGGAACAAGCUGUACGUCGUUGGAGGGUAUUUUGGCAUCCAGAGAUGCAAAACGUUAGAUUGCUAUGACCCUACGCUCGAUGUAUGGAACAGCAUAACCACAGUGCCCUACUCACUCAUUCCUACUGCAUUUGUGAGCACAUGGAAGCAUCUCCCUUCUUAACUGCAUGCA